AUGGCGGCCGCUACCACGCUCAAACUCACCAACCGCUCGCCGAAGCAGCCCAUCAAGCGUCUGCCCGCCAGCGUCGAGCUGCCCGCGGGCGCGACCGUCGAGGAUGUGAAAAAGGCCAUCGCUAAGCAGGCCGGCAUCGGCGACUUCAACCGCAUCGGCCUCUCGGACACGACCACCAAGAAGACGCUCAAGGACCGCAGGGCCCUUGUUGCGGAUAUCCCUGCCGUUGCCGACGCAGGCGAGAUCCUCGUCAAGGACCUCGGUACGCAUAGCCCGGAGCUUUCAUACCUAUAUUGUGAGACUAACAGGAGGAUAGGACCCCAGAUUGCCUGGCGCACCGUCUUCCUCAUCGAGUAUUUCGGCCCGAUCCCGAUCCACGCCGCCGUCAUCGCCGCCCGACCCUACAUCUUCCCGGGCGGUGACGCGCCCCUGUCCAACACACAGUGGCUGAGCUUCGCCCUCAUCGUCGGGCACUUUCUCAAGCGCGAGUUCGAGACGGCCUUUAUCCACAAGUUCUCCGCCAGCACCAUGCCCGUCUUCAACGUGUUCAAGAACAGCUUCUUCUACUGGGCCUCGUUUGGCCUCCUCUCCGCCCUCUCCCUCUACUGGCCCCGCUCGCUCGCCGCCACGGCCCGCGAGCCUGCCAUUGACGCCGUCGGCACCGCGCUCUGCCUGUUUGGCGAGACGGGCAACGCGCUCGUCCACUACUACCUGUCGACGCUGCGCUCCGCGGGCGGCACCGAGCGCAAGAUCCCGGCCGGCUACGGCUUCGGCCUCGUCACCUGCCCCAACUACAUGUACGAGGUGCUCGCGUGGGUCGGCAUCAUCAUUGUCAGCCGCGACUGGGCUGUGGCGCUGUCGAUUGCCAUUGGUGGCGCGCAGAUGUACAUCUGGGCCAAGGGCAAGGAGAAGGCCUAUCGCCAGGAGUUUGGUGACAAGUACAAGAAGAAGCGGUUUGUCAUGCUCCCUGGUCUUUGCUAA